UUAUCAAAGCUGUCACUAGAAUGAAGAGCCACAGUAAUAUAAACAACAGAUUGUUAACACUGGCAAUAUAUCGAAGAACGCAGCCUAAGAUAAGAAUGCGUUUCGCCAGUUCCGCUCUUCCCACGACAUCACGGCAGAUCUUUCGUGCGCGAAUCAAGCAAACACUUAUGAGCGGAACAGUACCCGAAGUACCGUAAGCCUGCCCUUAGCGCGAGUCCGCACACUCCUUUGCCUAAAUUAGCAGCACACGCUCGGUGGAGGAGAUAUUCUUACAUCGGCAGACACCGAGUCUGCCGGGGCGAUGCGCGCAGUAUCAGCCCAGGCAGGAUCAGGAUCGGCCGCCGAGAAAUUCGAACGGUUGGCUCUCUCACCACCCGUCGCGAGACACGGCAUACUUCAAAGGCCGCGGAGACUUCAUCAUCGAUACCGGUCCCGUCGGGAAAGAUUUCCUUCGCGAACGCGAUUGCUCGGCAAACCGCAAUUCGCACGCGGAAAUAAGCAGAAGCCGAGCAGAAACGAACGUCGACGAAGCGAACGAGGAAGAGGAGGACGAGAACGAGGAGGAGGAGGAGAAGCAAGAGGAGGAGGAGAAGGAGGAAGAAGUUCCACCGCGAAGUCUUUCGCAGAAGUUGGCGAAAGAAGAUGGGGAAAGUUUUCAUUUGCGGGCUGCCGCUGAGGUCGGGGCCAAUGGCGACCUUAAAUCGUUCGCAAUUGAGAGGCGUCGGUUCUUCCCUCUCCUCGUGAGAAGACUUACCGGAAGUUGGCCAACCGAAGAACAACCUGUUGACCCGAUGAUGCGCAACCGACGCACGAUCGCCGUGGACGCGGAGGAAUUUUCUCGAAUUCAUCAGAGCGAUUAGAAAGCUCUGAAAUGUCUUUCACACAGUUUCGCGCUCUCGGAAAAAGGGAAAAAGUGCGGCUUUGUAUCUAAUCGAAAUCUGUCUUUCUCUUUUUCACAU